CUGUCAAUCAAUUUCUUCUUCGUCAGCCUCCCUUCAAUCGCCAUAUUGGGCAACCGAGAAAAGGGCUCGUCUCCUCUUGUUUUUUUCCGUCUCGCUUUUACUACGCGGCGGCGGCGGUGCGAGCGGCAGGGGCAUCACCAUCGGCAUCGCCGGCGGGUCGGCACCGCGGAGGGCAGCGCCGCGCUCCGCCUGCUGCUCCCCCCGCACCGCUCUUCCACCGCCCGGGGCUCCCCGGCGGCGGCACCGCCGGCUCUCGGGGCUCAUCCCUGGGCAGGCGCUUAUGCAAGGGCGCCUCCUCGCCCCUUCUCCGCGGGCCGAGGGCGAGCGGGGCCGAGGCGGGGCCGGAGCGCGGGGUAGCGCGGAGAGGAGGCGCGGAGAGGAGCCGCUGGGCGCCGGGAAAUAAAGGGCAGCGGAGAGGCGGCGGCCGGGGGAGAGAGAGCAGCGAGCACAACCGCCGCCUGGAGCAACAGGGAGCGGGGAGAUGUCAAACGUCCGUAUUUCUAAUGGGAGCCCUACCCUGGAGCGCAUGGAGGCCAGGCAGUCGGAGUACCCGAAGCCGUCAGCGUGCAGGAAUCUUUUCGGGCCGGUGAAUCACGAAGAGUUAAACAGGGAAUUAAAGAAGCACCUGCAGGAGAUGGAGGAGGCAUGCCAGAGGAAGUGGAAUUUCGAUUUCCAGAAUCACAAGCCGCUUGAAGGCAGGUACGAAUGGCAAGCCGUGGAGAAGGGGAGCUCGCCCGACUUCUACUUCAGACCCCCCCGGCUACGGAAAGCCGUCUGCAAGUCCUCCGGCCGCCAGAGUUUGGAUGUAAACGGGAAUUGCCAAACCGUGGUUUUUGUCGGUUCUCAGGGAAUCUCAGAGGACACUCACUGUGUAGGUCAAAAGACUGAUGUUUCAGAAAAUCAGACGGACUUAGCAGAGCAAUGCACUGGGCAGAGGAAAAGACCCGCGGCCGAUGAUUCCUGUCCUCAAAAUAAAAGAGCCAACACAACAGAAGAAGAGGUUUCAGAAGACUCCCCCAGUGCCAGUUCAGUGGAGCAAACACCCAAGAAAUCAAGCCCGAGAAGACAUCAAACGUAAAGCGUUUAGUUCCUUUCCCCACCCCGUUGCAGAGCGGAGGAUGUGCGCGUCCUCGUUCGUCGGGUGCGGCGGGGGGCGAUGAAGCGAGAAAGAUGUAAAGUUGUAGUGGAAAAGAAAAAUACAUAUCGCCGAUCUCCGUUGGAUGGAGGUGUCCUGUACAAGCACUGAGAAAAAAACAAAACCAACAACAAAACAACAUCAACAGAAAGCAAACAAUAACACUAAAUUUUAGGCACUCUUAAAAGAUCUGCCUCUAAAAGCAUUGGAUGUAGCAUUGUGCAAUUAGGUAUUUCCUUAUUUGCUUCAUUGUACUACCUGUGUAUAUAGUUUUUACACUAUGUAGCACAUAAAACUUGUUGGGAGGGGGGAGGGACUGUAAGAGGAUGACCGAUUGGAACUUGCUUUCACAAUCUAGCAAGCAAAUAAAUCUAUGAAGAGAAGCAGUGUAGGUUUUUUAUUACUUAAAGAUGUAUUGUCCCUUUAAGUGGGUCUGCAGUGUUUUUCUCUCCUUUUUUUUUUUUUUUUUGUUUAAUGUAUCAUCGGGGUGACCCUGUUCAGAGCCGAUUAUUAUAGGCUGCUUGUGAAAUUUCUUUCCUACAGCAUUAAGCUGAAGAGGUGGGAGCUGUGAUGAUUCCAUUAUAUGGUAGUAAAAGUUCCCCCCCAGCCUCAAAUCCAUAUACCAAAAUGGAAUGCCUGUAAAAGUUGUGUAAAAUCAUCCCACCUGAUUAUAUUGCCUGAUUUUCUGUGGUUUUUUUUUUAUUUGUUUCUUUGUUUGGGUUUUUUUUACCUAAUCUGGAGGUCUUUUGCUCUGAAUCUUGAAUAUUGUUGUUUUCUGAUCUGACCCACUUCCCGAAGUGUGUGUGAGGGGAAAAGGGAUACUACAUCUUUAAACAGUAUUUCUACGUUGCCUGUGUACCUGUAUGUAAAAAUAAAAAAACAAAAGUUUGAAGUGUACCUGUGUACAUAACUCUGUAAAGACACUGAGAAAUUAUACUAACUUAUUUAUGUUAAAAGAUUUUUUUUUUUUUUAAUCUAGAAGACAAUAUUUUUCCCCAUUAAGCCAAAGCGGCAUGUUUUUGUGCAUUUGUAAAUGCUCUAUUUGGUAGACUUUUUAGAGGUUUUUUUGUGGGGGAGUUCUUUUUUUUUUUUUUCCUUUUUCUGAUAAUUAAUAUGGCUGUGCUUAAAAGAUUGCAGACUGAGCCAAUUUAAUUUUUUUUGUAAUGCGUGGGGAAAAAAAAAAUCCAGAUUGAUAUUGUUUCACAUCAAGCAAUCAAUAAAGAAAACUGCCAUAUAUAAGAAA